AUGGGUCACCUUGUAAGGUAAUGAGCCUUUGUCACCACCUCUAGCUUUUAAACAAAGCUUAUUAUCUGUCAGAUGCUGGAAGGUUCCCGUGGUGAGCGGAAACAUUGGGGCUGGACUGCUGAGGUCCCUUGGAAAUCUCUCAUUUUGAUGCCUUUACCUUGGGUGGGGAGGCGAAAAGAGGUGGGCUGCUGAAGGGCCUGGGACUGGAGGGGAGGAGGGCCAAAGGGGAAGCUGUUGCAUGUGAGGACUGGAGGACUAGAGACAAGUCGUGUUUACCACCUUGCCCGGCCGUCCAAACACAGCCUGCUUUACAAAGCUGCUCAAAGGCACAGCUCCAGAAUCUGGUGAUCUGAGUACCAUUCCAACUAGCUUACAGUCAGAUCUCAGCAAAAUCACUUUCCUUUCUGGUUCUUAUUUUCUCAUCUAGAAAAUGAAGGGGUAGGAUUUGAUGAGCUCUUAAGUGCCUUCCAGCUCUGGCAGGCUGUGUGGCUGGCUCUGCCUUUCUGAGCAGGUCAGUGAGGGAAGUGGCCCUGGGGUAUGUGGGGCCAGAAUCACCACAGGCUUCCUUCUGAUCUCUACCCUGCCCCAGCCCCUGUGGCUCCUCUGACUAGGGGUCUUUUUCCAACUUGCCACAUUCUUGCCCCAAGUAUAAUUUAACACCACGCAUGAACAGCAAGAGAUUUGGGUUCUAGAUCAGCCCUGAUAUGAACUAGCUUUGUGACUUUUACUAACUUUCUUUCUCUGAGCCUUGGUUGCCUCACCUGUAAUACCAGAGCCAGGACUGGACUAAACAAUCAGAUUGCUGGGGUUGACAGCUUCAGGCUCUUCCACGUGUCAGGUUCCUGUUAUUCCAGGGGCUGGGGGAGCCCCACUCUGUAGCUGACCCCUAGGAUGAAAAGUCAUCCACUUGACAGUGAAACUCUGAAAUGGACUUAGAACCUGCACCCCACCCCCAAUCCCCCCUGGCUCUGCCAUCACGCACCUCUCAGGAGACCCCCACUGCUAUCAUUUCCCUUGUUCGUAAGUCUCCUCACCACCCUUUCCUUUGCAGUGGAUGAAAGAGACAAGCAGGGCUGAGUUUAGUAGUUUUAAGAGUGGGCUGGCAAGGCCCUAAACAGAAGUGUCCUUGUGUCCUUAACCAAGGUCACACAGCAAGGAAGAGAACACAGGUGGCCACAACUCAGCCCAAUCUAGAGCCCUCUCUCCCCAACUACACACAUGCUGCCCACUCCACCAGCUCCUGGGCUUUUCUCUUAACUCACUUGCCCAGCCCUGGGCCACAGGCAGCUUUUAGACAGAAGGGAAGCAGAAAGCAGCAGAAGCUGCUCUCUGAGGACCACACCUCAGAGAAGAGCAGGAUUUCCCAGGUGGUUUUGCUGAGACCUCAGGCAGAGAGGCAGGCCUGAAAGCCGAUCUCCAAGAGGGCGUGGCUGCAGAACACUGGCAAAUAAAAACCCAGAGAGCCAGCAUCUUCUGGAGACCAGCAGGAGGCAAGAAGAGCCACUCAGCAAGCCACUCAGCAAGCCAUUCAGUUCCUCGGCCUUGGAAGUGAUGCCCAUGGCGUCCCCCCAAACCCUGCUCCUCUGCCUGCUGGUCCUGGCAGUCAUUGAAGACCAGGGUCGGCAGGCGGCCAUCCCAGGCUGCCACUUGCACCCCUUCAAUGUGACGGUGCGAAGUGACCGCAAAGGCACCUGCCAGGGCUCCCAUGUGGCACAAGCCUGUGUGGGCCACUGCGAGUCCAGCGCCUUCCCUUCCCGGUACUCUGUGCUGGUGGCCAGUGGUUAUCGACAUAACAUCACCUCCGUCUCUCAGUGCUGCACCAUCAGCACCCUGAGGAAGGUGAAGGUGCACCUGCAUUGUGGGGGGGACCGGAGGGAAGAGCUGGAGAUCUUCACAGCCAGGGCCUGCCAGUGUGACAUGUGUCGCCUCUCACGCUACUAGUCCAUCCUUCUCCCCGACCCUCCCCUUCGUCAGAGGGUUUGAGGUUGGAGUAGAUCCUGUAUAUCCUGAACCUCAUUAAGGACAACAGCUCCAACCCUCUUAAGAUUCUGAUUGUCACCUCCCGAGAGGCGGGAGUUUUCUGCUUCCUCCCU